UGCAUCCUUCUGAACAUAAUGUUCACACAGGCGUGGGAAGGUGCGCGGAGCAUGAGUGCACGAUAAUGGAAGAUAAGAGUUGGGUAACUUCUCAGCAAGUGUACAUUAUUGAUGAUGAUUUGAGAGAGGAUGUUCGUUUCUGGGACAUUAACCCAGCACGCAAAGGACAACAGAAUUUUUUAGCUGCAUUUUGGGAUCGACCAAUCCAUUGUCCAUUUCUCUUUUUCACUGAGAGCUUCCGGAAAGGAUGAACAGCAGAAACACCAGCGACUCCAGCCAGGGUCUCCCCUUGCUUGUUCUUCCUCUGGCACUGGUCAUCUUCCUCACGGUGUUGGGGAACCUGCUGGUCAUCCUGGCUAUUGCUCGUACCCCUCAACUUCACACAACCACCAACGUCUUUAUCGUCUCCAUGGCCUUUGCGGAUCUCAUCAUGGGCUGUGUGGUCCAGCCCUUGGGCGUCAGCAUGGUGGUGACUGGGAAAUGGCUGUUGGGCGACAAGGUUUGCGACCUGUGGACGUCCGUGGACGUGCUUUGCGUCACAGCCAGCAUCGAGACGUUGUGCGCCAUAGCCGUUGAACGUUAUAUUGCGGUGACGAGACCCCUCAAGCAUCAGGUCCUCCUGGGCAAGCGCCGAGCCGGCUACAUUGUGUGCGUGGUGUGGCUGGUGUCGUCCUUAAUUUCCUUCGUGCCAAUCAUGAACCAUUACUCUCAUGCAAAUUACACCGAAGCGGAAAGCUGUUACAAUGAUUCAGAGUGCUGUGAUUUCCAUACAAACCAGACCUAUGCCAUCUUCUCCUCAGUGGUGUCCUUCUACGUGCCUCUCGUUAUUAUGGUGUUUGUGUACGGGAAGGUGUUUGUCAUCGCGACUAGACAGCUGAAACUCAUCGAUAAGGAUAGACUGCGCUUUCUGAGCACAAGCAUGGAAGAUUCUUGUGAAAGUGCAGUUUCUGUAGGUAAAACAGUUCAUAGUUGUAGGCGGAGGUCAACAAGGCAUGUCAUAAAAGAACACAAGGCACUCAAGACACUGGGGAUUAUUAUGGGAAUCUUCAUUUUGUGUUGGCUGCCCUUCUUCGUCUUCAAUAUCAUCAAGGUCUUUAAUCCCAAGGUGCCGUCACGGUCCGUGUUCCUCGUGUUGAACUGGCUUGGCUACGCCAAUUCAGGCCUGAACCCAAUUAUCUACUGCCACAGUUCCGAGUACCGUACCUCCUUCCUGAAUCUCCUAGGGUACAAAAAACUCAAGCGGCUAAAUCACAGCUCCAUGCACAAACAUCUACGGACCCUCACCUCAUGCAUCCAAAGCAACAGUUCUGUAAGGAUGGAUUGCUUAAAUCACAAAGAUCCAACUGCAGAGGGUGGGAACAUAAGCUCUGACACGUGUACAGUUCUUGAAGACCAACAAUUUGAAUCUCAGCCUCACAAUGACUGAAAUGGGACAUGAAUCAAUGUAAAAGAAAUGUUUAAGGGACACUGAAGAUGGGAAACAGAUCCUAUGUUUUUCAAGGGAAUCAAGGACAUCAUGCUUUUCGAGUGGACCCCGACUGUACAUUCACACCAUGUGCAAAGAAAAAUAGACAGAAUUUUAGAGUAAAGAGCAGCAAAGUGGAAAAAUGAUAUUGAGAACAAACUGUGACAUAAAAAUGAUCACGCAGAGACUUGAUUGAAAUUUGAAGUCCUAAUAUGCCAACAAAUUUGUUGUAUGGACAAAUGUUUUCCACUUUCCCAAUCACAGUUCAAUCAACCUAGAGAUGAAUUUGAAUGAAUAAUUCUCAGGGUGCAAAACAUGAGUAAAGACUACCAUUGUCCAUUGGUCGGAAACAUUAUUAGGAACAUAAUUAGCACAGGCACAACUGUGGUGAUUGUGCUGCCCUUGGACAGUGCCAUAUAGCUUGUAUGGAUAUUUUUGCAAAUAGCUCCAAAAAUGGUGAAGAUAUUAAAACCUCCCCAAGAUAUUAAAACUGUCCAACAUUUCCAACCUCAGCGGAAAAAGGAACUUCAGAAAAGGAUGUAUGGAAGUAUUCUUUUUCUCCAGAACAACAUGGAAUAUUCUUUUCAAUAAAUCACCAAAAUACAACAAUGACUGGCAAAAAACAAAUCAUUCAAAUUAUAAAAGAUUCAAAUUACAGUUUCAUGGCUGGAAGAAAAUAUUUAUGGUAAUAAAUCAUAAAUCAGCAGGUGUGGCAUUAAUUUUAGAGCCUACACACACUCUGGAGUGGAUUAUAUUGACAUUUCUCUGGCUGUUUUGUGCCACAUGUCUAAGCAUCUGUUAGAUUUCAACACUUUAGCAUCAAGCAUACAGCCCAGAUUGAUGCAGUGCCAAAGCUUUUGGCUUAUAAAUAUGCAACUACAGCCAAACAAAUCUAGAGAAUUGAACAGUUGCAUGUCUGAGUGUUUGGUUUGGGAUAUUGCUGCUUUGAUAAAAUUUUAAUGCAUACUGGCAUCAGUGUGGUCGGUGGUGAGGACUUCAUUCAUCUUCUGAUCAGAGCACUGUGAGUUGCCUUUACUUGCUUCUUUGAUCCUGACUGUCUGUAACUUUUAUCCUCACAAAAAACCUUGUACAGAAAAUUGAAACAGAACGAAUAAAUGCAUGCACUUUGUAAUAUAUUUACAAAAAUUGAUCUUAAUUGUUCUUCAGAGUGGAGUAUUUUUCAUGGAGCAAUCUUGAAGAGCUACAUGGAAAUAUUAGAUUUUCAAAUAACUAAAUCGUAGGCUGUUUCUUCACUUUUAUUUAUCAAUUCAAAUUAAUGCAUCACAAGGGAAAUGAGUCAUUUUAAUUGGUCUGUUCUCUCUGCUUGUCAUUGUCAUGUCUUGUGGAAAACAUCUAAGAUAAACUCCACAACUAUUCAUAUAGUGGAAGAAUUGUAAUUAACUGCAAUCUCACAAAAGGUCAGAACAUCAUAUGUGACUGCUGCAUCAGUCUUUCGAAAGCUGUUUUUCUGACGCAUCAGAAAUCCUGAGGCUUUAUUUCAAAAUGAGAUGCAAAAAUCUGCCAAUUUGAAGACGAACACAAGCUUGAUCCCUAUACUGUCAAUCAAUAUGUGCACCUAAUAUAAAAAAGAAAUGUUUUUGCUGCAUAAUAAUUUUUACUUUGAAAGUUUAUGCACAGCUAAUAUAAUUUAUUAAGAGCAAACAGCUACUAGAGGAAGACAUGAUUUGAUAUGAAUUUAAGGUAGGGUAGCCAUUUUUUUUUUUUGUUGUACUGGUUAAACUACUACUACUCUCUUCACAUCCUGAUAGCAGUCGACACUCUCAGAAAAAAAGGUACAAAAGCUGUCACUGGGAUGGUACCCUUUCCUAAGGUACAUCUUUGUACCUAAAGAGUGCAUAUUAGGUACCAAAAAUGUACAUAUUAGUACCUAAAUGGUACGUUACAUCUUUUGCACAAAUGAGAUUUACAGGAAACAAUGGUGUUUGAGGCUUUUGAGUUUACAUAUUUCAUGUACAUGUACAUAUAUCUUCUGUGGAAGUCUCAGGACCAAAAAAUGUCAUCCAAUCAUUGCGUUUGGUCCGAAUGCGUGUCUUUGUAGAGCACUCUGAAGGGAAGGUGGGAUCUUAUGCUUUCUAAGCUAGCUUGCUAUUGCUAGCCUCUCCGAAAUUGCCUACCCUACCUUUAAGUUUGAAAUGCCAAACAAGCAUACUAUUCAUACUAUUUCUGCAGUAUGUAUAUACUGUUUGCAUUAUAUGGAUUUUCUAUAUGCAAAAUAUUCAGUACUAAAGAAAAUAAUAUCCCACAAUGCAAUGUGCUUUAUUUGAUUUUUCGUUUUACAUGUGAUGAACGAACUAAGUAAAAUCAGCCAUAGUUUUCAACAUCUUUUAUUUAACUUAUUAUUAUGUGAUUGAUUUGAUUAUGAUUUACUGAUUAUUUUGUACCAAAUGUCUCAUUAAAAAUGCAAAAUAUCUGUAUUUAUAAAAAUCAAAUAAAAGGAUUUAGAAAAAAUAUACAAUAUCUGAAAGUAUACAAUGAGUCCUGUUUCACAUACCUUUUGUAUUCAUUAUUGGUAGUAUACAGUGAACAUGGCAUGCUACUGCUCAGUAUGCAGAAAGUGGUAUGCUAGUAUUC